CCCACCAUCUUUUACCCUUUAUCUUUCUCUGCCUUUCCCUUUGGUUGCUCCUACCCAUAAAACCUAUACUAACAUCACCACAUUUUCUUCUCUUUGGUUAGAGAAAAAGAAAACAACUUUCUUCCAUUCCAUUCAGCUUAAGCAUAUACUCUUUCAGUCUUGAAUUAACACCAUGUCAUUGACACUUUUCCUCUUGUGCAUCCUUUUCUUCUUCCCUUGCUACCUGUGCCACCCUGACUCAGCUGGAACAAACACCCUUAAACCCAUUUUGCUAACCCCAUCCAAGCCUUCAACAACAAUCCCUGCAUUCCCGGAACAGUCUGAUGUUGCAGGGUGCCCUCUUACCCUCUCAGACGAGCUCUUUGAUGGGAUCAACAGUGCAUGUGGUGGUGCCAAAAGUGGUGGUGACACGAAGCUCCACCGCAGCAGGUGCUGCCCAGUGCUUGCAGCAUGGUUGUAUUCUGCAUAUUCUUCUACUGCACUGGGCAUGGUGGGCCAUGGGCAUAGCAGUGUUCAUGGCCACGCUACAUCAGUAUAUGAUAUGAUGCCUUUGCUGCCAGAUGACUCAGAAACCUGUGUGAAUGAGCUAGGAAAGGCAUUGGAAGUGAGGGGAAUUGAACUCACCAAGCCUAAUGAGACUUGUGAUGUGGUUUAUUGCUUUUGUGGCAUUAGGCUGCACCAUUUGACAUGCCCAGAUGCAUUUUCUGUUAGCCAAAGUGGGGAGCUUUUGGGGGAUGCAAGUGUGAGAAGGCUGGAGAAGAAUUGCUUGAGUAGUAGCACCGAUGUCAAUGGCUUACCAGGUCUUGGAGGGUGCUCUAAGUGCUUAAAUACCCUCUAUUUGCUUAACAAGAAGUCUUCAAAUUCAAGCAAAGCAGAAGAAGACAGGACCACCAAGAUCCACAACAAAGACUGUGAGCUUAUGGGCUUGACAUGGCUUCUGGCAAAAAAUAGAACAGCUUACAUGCACACAGUUUCAGGGGUUCUCAGAGCUUUGAUGUUGAACACCGAUGGCUCUUACCCUCAAUCUUGCUCUCUAAACAGUGAUGGAAUGCCUCUUGCUGUGGACUCAUCUCAAAUCUCUGAUCACUCUUCAUCAACCAACCUCCAACCACUCAUCUCUCUUUCUUUGUUUACUACAACCUAUGCAUUUUACCAUGCUAUGAUCUUAGCUCUGACAUGAGCCAAAAAGGGGUCUCAAACAUGACAUUUUGUAGAUUUGGAUCUUUAUGUUGUUGCUUAGAAAUACAGUUUUUCUCUGUCAUGGAUUGCAGGGUGUGUAUCAAGCGAGAUGAGUGUUUAUAAGAGAGGACAAGAGAAGUUAACCAUGCAUGGAUGAUAAAAAGACAAACUCAUGUGUCUUUGACUUUGUUCAUUGAUCAUAUGAUAACUAAACAACUUUUCAUCAUAAUCAUCCAUGUGUGGUUGCAUAAUCUAGAUUUCUUUCUUUUACUCUUUUGAACAGACACUCCUCUCACUUGAUAAGUAUCCCUUGAUUGCAAUAGGCUGAGGUGUUUGAUGUUUGCCACGGUUUUGUUUUGUUUUGGUGGACCACCAUAAUAGGAACUUGUGAAGUUGUUUUCAAGGGACAACAUUCGGAAGUAGUGUUCAGUUAUAUGUUUCACGGGCAAUUUGUGGUUAUGGAAAGUCAACUUCAAC